AUGGCCUGCUUUCCGGGCCGGGGAAUUGCCCUGGUGCUGGGGCAGCGGCCCCGGAUAUCCAUGGCAUCUUGGGUCUGGCUAGCCAUGGAGUGCUGGGCUGCUGGGUUGCCGGGCUGGGGAGCUCGGCACAUCGUUUUGGCAAUGAAUGGUGUUGGGGGGUUGGAUGGAGCUGUGCCUGUACGCAGUCAAUGUGUCUCUGGGUUACUCCGCGGGCUGAGGCAGACAGAGAGCGAGAACAAGGACGAGGACGAGGACGAGCACCCACUGAGCACCACUGCUCAGUGCUGUGCUUCUGUUGAACCUCGCCGGCUCGGCUUGACUCCCCGUUCAAACGACAGCGGCAACUAUUCCGUCUGGCCUGGCCUGUCAUAUCUGACAAAGUUGGGGGCGGGACACGGCGCUACUGCCGUGCUACACAUCGCGUCUUCCUGCUCCCACAGGUCACUUGUCAGAAAACCUGCGGGUUGCUUCGACCCGGGCCACGGGAGCUUCGCGGUCGUUGGUGGUGUGUACCCAGCAAUGCCUCCGGAUCGGCCGCUCUGGGAGACGUGCAUAGGGCAAAGGCAUGUCCCUGCUGCGAUCCUCGGCCAGACCCAGCUCUCUGCACUAAUGAAGCCGCCCUCGGCCCUGUGGCGAUCUGCCGCCCCCUUCCGCUCCCCCGCUUCCAUGGUUUCUCCAUCUCGGGUUGGGAAAGCUGAACGGCUCUGGCAGCUUGCGGCCCUUGCUUCGCUCUCAUCGGCGCGGGGAACCCCCCGGCGGUUCACCCUGCAGUCAUCGGACGAUUGUGUCGGUAUUAGUAUAUUUUCUUUGGCGCUAAGGCAGAGGCCAAAAACAGGCCAGCCAUCGUCGCUGGGCGAGAUGAUCGAGUUGUCAACGUCUAAUAUUUUAUCAUCCGGGGCACUCAAGGACGAAGCUGAUUUAACAGAUGCCUUUGUUUUGCGGGCUCUUCCUGUGCUGUGUGUAUUCAGUCUGGAAGCCUGGGUUCAACCAACACCACCCACCGAGUCGAGGCAUCUGGGAACCGUUAGGAGGCUGGUGAACAGGGGGCAUGCUUUGGGACUCGCUUACCGGCGCGGCCCAGGGGGUCCCAAAAUAAGGUGA